AUUUAAUCAAUAUUUUCCCGUUUCGUGGAAGACACCAAGUUUAAUCAUGUUGACAUCAACAAAUGUGCAUAUUAUAACCGAAUUACCUUCCGGGUGUGCGUGAAAUGAGGAAUUGUGUUGUGUUCCUUUUGUGUUUGGUCACUGUGAAGACAAAAGUGUACGCCUGUGAUGAUGAGGAGCUGUCGAGGCAUCUUUACAACGCAACACUCCAGGAAAACUGUUAUCAAAACGCUACCUCUUGUCAGUCCACCUGCACUUCCGGUCAUGUGUUAGAAAACGGAAGUCAGACGACGAGUCACGUCUGUAACGGUACCUCAUGGAUCCCGAACACGGUUACAUGUCUGCCUGCAAGGACUCCAGUGAUGACGACAAACUUUACCAUCGUGUAUGUGACAGAGGACCAGCCAGCCGGAAACUGUUUCUACAGUUUUAACGUCAGAAUGUGGGAGAGUAUCAGCAGCUUCCGGAAUGCUAUUCGUUCGACAUGCAGAGAGCUGGAGACCGGAUCUAUUUCAAUUGAAAAUCUGGAACUUUCACCUUUGGCUUUUCAGGUUAAUGUUGUAUUCCACGUCAAAUUCUCAGGAGAAGGUACCGAGACAUCCCGCGAUAUCUGCAUGGAUAUGAUUGAAAUCAUAUCUAACGGAAAUCAGAACUAUCUGAAACCUUUCUCCGUCAUUUCCUGCGGUGCUUCGCACAGCGCAGUAAAAAAAAAGCAGACGACAAGGAGCGCCGCCUUUGAGUACAACUGUACCGAGAUGUUGGGUUCACAGCCGUUGGCGAGUUCAGGGGGUGUUCGAUGUGUUCAUUGCUUUCCUGGAAAUUACCUAAACUCGACCCGAUGUAAGCCCUGCCUCCAAGGAACGUAUCAGGCAGUUCCGGGUCAGCUGACCUGUGACGUAUGUCCAACCGGAAAACACGUCACAGAGGACAGAACUAAAUGUCUAGAUUCGGUGUGUGUUUCUACUUUCCUUUCCCAGAAGACCCAAAAUAUUGAUUUAACGUGUACCUCUGAAAAUCAAAUGUGUAUGUCCACCUGCUUGGGUGGGUACAUACAAGAUGACGGGGGACUUUCUACAGUGUAUAACUGCAGCGGAGAAGGAUGGUUUCCUCCUCUUAAGAGUUGUAUAAAAUAUGAAUAUUCCACAUACAAUGUUGACCUAGAAGCUGUCUAUACGACCAACGACGCAGUGGCGGCCACUUGUUUAAGUCAAUUCCAAGCCUUUACUUCUGGUCACAGAGAUUACUUCCAAACAAAUAUAUCUACCUCCUGUAGCGAACUUCAUGACGGAAAUGUGACCAUUGAAAAUAUAACUAUUGGAUCCAUCGCAUUCCAAAUAAAGAUGACAUUUCAUCUGAAAUUUUAUGGAUCAUGGCCAACAAAAAUAAUGGAUGUGUGCAUGGACAUAAUAAAAAUUACUUUUCAAAGUCGGACGACUUAUCUCCAUCCAUACACAGUCCUACAAUGCACGGACGGGCGAACCAAUGUGACCAAAGUAUCGGCACAAAGAUCCGGCGAUGUGCUUAACUGUCCGGAUGGACGGCUCAUCAUCAACUCCACAGAGGCGUCCUACUGCAUUCCAUGUUCAGCUGGGACAUUUCAAAAUGAUUUGAUAUGCUUACCGUGUCCCAAUGGAACUUAUCAACCAAUUAUUGGCCAAACCUUUUGUCAAAACUGCUCUGAUUGGACAAAAGUAAACGAGGACCGCACUGAAUGUCGACUAGAAGAAAUCACAACUUUGGGUAAUAUAUCUUACACUGGGUCCUCGCCACCAACGGAAGUGAUGUUAUUACCAAAUGUCACAGAGCAAUCAACGGAAUUGACUACAACAGAGCAGACCAUAACAACUGAUUUAGCAGAGACAAAGGAAACGACACAAAACGUCGUGACGUCAAUAUCGACAAUAUUGUCAACGUCUGCGUCUUUGACAACAACGGUUGUUACCAUAGAAACGACUGAAAUAUCGACAGAGAAAUCCACGAGCUCUUCGCCGACUACCACAGCACUGCGGACUACCAAAGGUUAUACAAUUCCUUGUGGUUUGGACCAACUUUCCUCAGCCAUUCCAAACUCAAAAUACACGUGCGCUGCACACAACCAAACCUGUACGGUAGAGUGUAGCAGUGGAUACGUCACCAGUGAGGGGGAGGCGUCUGUAGAGUACAGGUGUGAGGGCGAUGUGUGGACUCCAAACCGGAAACUCUGUCUGGAAUACGAUAUUCCCUUUACAACAAGCGCCCUCUACACGACUUACAGCACUGUGGACCAAGUAGCUUUGUCCUGUCUUCAAGAUUUCCGAGAAAUCACAGAAAGAAACAAGGACCUAUUUCAGAAGACCAUCACAGACUACUGUGGGGAUUUGGGUAUAAACGCUGGGGGUUUGAAGAUCGAAAACAUCACAUCAAUUUCACUCUCGUUUCAAAUAACAAAUACAAUACUGAUUACGUUCUACGAAGAAAGCGUUGACGUCCGUGAGGUUUGUCUUGACUAUAUCACGCUGAUAUUUCUUAACGUUCCUUCUCUACUCAUGCCGUACUCUCGACUCAACUGUACCUCAGGGUUAUCCGACGUUACCAAAGUGUCCGCCAGUCAUGGCAGUCCGUCCUAUAGCUGUAAUAACAGGACAUAUCUGGUGAACAGGACAAGCCAAGUAUAUUGUGUUCCCUGUGCCCCCGGAAUGUACAUGGUAUCCUCUAAAUGUGUCCCUUGUCCUGAAGGUCAUUAUCAACCACUUCCGGGUCAGCUCACAUGUGAACCAUGCACUGAAAACAGGACGGUGGUGGAGAGUGGUACAAACUGUACAGGUUAUACAAUUCCUUGUGGUUUGGACCAACUUUCCUCAGCCAUUCCAAACUCAAAAUACACGUGCGCUGCACACAACCAAACCUGUACGGUAGAGUGUAGCAGUGGAUACGUCACCAGUGAGGGGGAGGCGUCUGUAGAGUACAGGUGUGAGGGCGAUGUGUGGACUCCAAACCGGAAACUCUGUCUGGUUCCCUGUGCCCCCGGAAUGUACAUGGUAUCCUCUCAAUGUGUCCCUUGUCCUGAAGGUCAUUAUCAACCACUUUCAGGUCAGCUCACAUGUGAACCAUGCACUGAAAACAGGACGGUGGUGGGGAGUGGUACAAACUGUACUGAAAUAGUUGAUGAUGAAAAUGAUUUCAACCUCAGAAAAUCACAAGUAGGACGUACAGGCCUAACGGAAACGGAAAUAAUAGUCAUUGCAGCGGUAUCUGUCUGUGUGGUUUUUUUCCUUGUUGUUAUAGCAACAGUAUACUACUGCAAGAAGUCUAAAGCAAAGAGAAGAACAUCUCAUGCAGAUGUGCCAGGUGACGCUAAGUCAGGAGACAGUGUGUCAGUCAAAUCGGACGAGUACCUUAGAGGAAGUCAUGAAGAACUGAUUCCAGGUAAAAGUGGCUCCACAAACGAUCCAAAAUGGACUUACCGGGACGAAAAAAUAAUCGAAAAAUCCACUUUUGCAAGUGCAAACGAGGCUAAAGCAUUGGACGUCCUUAAUACUAUAAUUGACAUUAACAUCGACAAUGAAGAAUGUAUUACAGCGCAACCACCUGUUUGCGAGAAUGUCCGAGAAGGGAAAUGGCGACCGUUACAUGUACGUCAUAAAAAUGAAAGUAAUGUUGCUGUCGUCAUUAAUAAGGCUAAAGAGACGGAGCCUGAUAAGGCUCCAUGCAGGACUCUUAGUGAUUAUGACAACUUCCAGAUAUAUGUACCAGAACCAGAACCGUCACAUCCGGACUAACUAAGCUUUAUGAGUUUAUUUGUGAUAAUGAGAUGCAUGAGAAUAAUCAAAAUUUUUAAAAUUAACAUUAUAUUUGUAGAAUAUAACAUUAUAUCAAUGUAGUAUAUUAUAUUUUAGGAUUUUUAUACUCCGUAUAUUAAUAAUAAUUUUUACUUUAUUUCACAUGUUUUUCAAGAAUGGCUUAAUUAGCUUUGAUACGAUAAAAAAAAAUACACAUUUUCAUCAGCAAACAUUCAUUUUCCCCAUUUAAGCUUAUAGAGUUUAUUAAAUAGGCAGAAAUGCAACAGAAAGAUAAUCAGAGAGAAAGGGAAUGCUUUUUGUCAUGGUCAGACGUAUUCCACAAUGAAUUCUUUUCAUUUUAUUCUUUAUCUACAUGUAGUAUCGCGCACAUAAAAUGUUAGGCAGUUUUCAUAAUUGUGUUCUAUAUAACUGUUCCAUAAUAUUAAAAGCAAGCUCCACAUUGAACGAAAAAAUGAAUGAAAAUAAACAGUAUACGAU